GUUCUCCCCUGUCCUUCUCACUCACACCCUUCAUGCCUACAGUGUCGGUUCCUUCUAAACUCUUGCAACUUUCUUUCUAAGUACACACUUCUCUCCAGACUCUCAGCAUCGUAGAGGAUCUUCGGCAUAGGAAGGGUUGGACCGAAUCCUGUAUUUGAUUUAUCACCUGAAGCGGAGUGUUUCCUGUUGAUCGUCCAGCGGUGUGUGGUGUGUCCGGUGUGGCGCCUCCUCCAGGCAUGACUCAGAGUAACGGCGAGACGCGUCUGCAGCGCAGCCGAGUACAGCAGCUGCGGGACGGCAUCACAGAGCGCUCACAGCGGGCGCGCAACACCGUACAGAACAUCAGCACUGAUGACGUCAAAGGCUGCUUCAUGCGCAAUGCCUUCGUCAUCCUCACAAUCCUUGCCGUCAUCGUUGGUAUAAUUCUGGGAUUCGGACUGCGGCCGUAUAAGAUGUCCUAUCGACAGGUGAAGUACUUCUCCUUCCCCGGAGAGCUGCUGAUGAGAAUGCUGCAGAUGCUGGUGCUCCCCCUGCUGGUGUCCAGUUUAAUUACAGGUAUGGCUGCUCUGGACAGUCGAGCUUCAGGGAAGAUGGGUAUGAGAGCUGUAGUUUACUACACCACCACCACUAUCAUCGCUGUAUUCAUCGGGAUUGUCAUGGUGCUCAUCAUCCACCCGGGAAGAGGCUCUAAAGACGAAUUCACCAAACAGGAGAAGAUAGAACAAGUCAGUCCAGCAGAUGCCUUCCUUGAUCUCAUCAGAAACAUGUUUCCUCCUAAUUUAGUGCAAGCAUGUACGCAACAGUUUAAAACUCAAUAUGCCAAGCGAGUGGUCACAGUUAAAGUUCUGGUAAACGAGACAUUGUUCAGUUUGAAUAACGGGUCGCAGGAACUCAAACGUGAGGAGGUGAUACCAGUGCUGGGAACGGUUAAUGGCAUCAACGCGCUUGGACUCGUGGUCUUCUCCAUGUGCUUUGGCUUCAUCAUUGGGAACAUGAAGGAACAGGGUCAACCACUACGGGAUUUCUUUGACUGUCUUAAUGAAGCCAUCAUGAGGCUUGUUGCCAUUAUCAUGUGGUACGCUCCUCUCGGCAUACUGUUCCUGAUUGCUGGAAAAAUUGUUGAGAUGGAUGAUAUAUCAGAAAUGGGAGGCCAGUUGGGCAUGUACACCAUCACAGUCAUCAUUGGCCUAAUGAUACAUGCAAUCAUCGUACUGCCUUCGCUUUACUUCCUUGUGACACGUAAAAAUCCAUUCGUGUUCAUCGCUGGACUUCUGCAAGCCCUGGUCACUGCACUAGGUACCUCAUCCAGCUCUGCCACCCUGCCCAUCACCUUCAGGUGUCUAGAGGAAAAUAACCAUGUGGAUAAACGUGUAACCCGUUUUGUGCUGCCUGUUGGAGCGACAAUAAACAUGGAUGGCACUGCUCUGUACGAGGCUCUGGCUGCCAUCUUCAUUGCACAAGUCAAUGACAUGGAUUUGAACUUUGGAGAGAUCCUGACCAUCAGCAUCACAGCAACAGCAGCCAGCAUUGGUGCAGCUGGGAUCCCUCAGGCUGGCCUGGUUACAAUGGUGAUAGUGCUGACCUCUGUAGGACUGCCCACUGAUGACAUCACUCUAAUCAUCGCUGUUGAUUGGUUCCUAGAUCGGCUGCGCACCACCACUAAUGUUUUGGGCGACUCCAUUGGGGCUGGCAUCGUGGAGCACCUGUCACGUCACGAGCUGCAUGCUACUGACCCCGAGAUCGGAAACUCCGUAGUGGAGGAGAUCGAAACUAAGAAAUCAUAUCAGCUCAUUUCUCAGGAGAGCGAUUGUGAUAAUGCCAAGAUCCGUGACAGUGAGACCAAAAUGUAACCGCCUGUUUCCUGGUGAAAAACUGGAGUUUUGGUACCAAUACUAGUGACUUAGUCAGACACUAGUCUGAUAUUCAUCUCAAAUCUUUUUAUAUGCCUGUGAAAGACAUCCAAAUGUGUUGAUGUUCAAGCAGAGAUGGACAUGUGUGGUCCACUGUUGUCAUCUUUGAAUUGUUUUAUUGUAAUGGAAUAGAUUUGAUUUCAUUAGACAAAAUGUGAUUAAUUUUCUAGAUGCAGGUUUGUUUUUAUUAAUUCAAGAGAAACUGAAAGUCAUUAUGGAAAUCAUUUGUUCACAAUGCUUCUAAUUGUGCUGGGACAAUAAACUGAUUUUGAAUAAACAAAAUGAUUCCAAAGGAUUUAAAAAAAGAAGUAAAAGGUAAAAAUAAGCUUUUUUCAACUGGUUAUAAACCACAUGGGAUGUCUUGGCAGCCUAUGUUGGAAAUUGAGGCUGUGAGUCCAGAAACAUCAGUAUAGUGCAGUAAAUGUUUCCAUUUUACACAGUUACAGCAGCCUUUAUCUGUAAAAUAAGCUGGAAUCUGUGAAGUCACUCAGACCAUGCAUGAUUUGUUUUUGAAAACAAGUCAUUAAACUGAUGUAAUCAUCUUAUUUCAAGACUUUUAUAGAUGACUGUCAGUUUGAACAAAAUAAAGAAAUAUAGAAAUACC